ACAGGUGAAUCAAAAGAUUUCCAGCAGUGAACGGUGAAAGAUGUGAUUUUUGAUCUGUGGCCUAAAUAUCUAUCAGUAAGAAUAACUAGAAAUAUGACCAUGGUGUUGAAAGUGAUUUUAUCUCUACUGGCAGCAGUGAGUGGACUUUGUUGUUCGGACAUCGAUGAAAGCGACGAUAGCCUAAUCAGUCUCAUCGAAAGCUGUGAGUGGACUACUAGACAGAAUGUGAUUUCGGAAAUCCUGCUGGAACGUUACCGGAAGUACGUGAUUUACAACUUUUUUCUAAUGGAUGAUGUAUGCGCUGUCUAUGAGUGGGAUAAAAGUACGAAGGAUCCAGAUUAUAGUGAAAAUAAUACAAUCGAUGAGAAAAACCUAUCGAAUGCUCAAGGUUACCAAGAGAAGGUACCAGGAGACGACCAUCCAUCAUUAACCGUCUUUGAUCAUUCCAUCAAUGCGACCUGUACAGGAAGUGCCAAGGAUUUUUUCAUGUGCCUCUCUAAUCAACUGGCGGAUCCUACUUUGAACGCAAUGAUACUGGAUAGUCUAGAGUUCUCCUGUAAUCCGAGGUAUUCCACCGGAACGGAUCAAAAGCGAAACUCCAAGUAUGUAUCCAAGCAAAAGUUCUUUUCGUGGGGUGGAAAACGAAGCUUGGAGCAAGGUUUUUACCCAUGGGGAGGCAAACGAAGUGCAGAGCAGGGAUUUUACCCAUGGGGAGGCAAACGAAGUGCAGAGCAGGGAUUUUACCCGUGGGGAGGCAAGCGAAGUGCAGAGCAGGGAUUUUACCCAUGGGGAGGCAAACGAAGCGCAGAGCAGGGAUUUUACCCAUGGGGAGGCAAACGAAGUUCAGAACAGGGAUUUUACCCAUGGGGAGGCAAACGAAGUGCAGAGCAGGGAUUUUACCCAUGGGGAGGCAAACGAAGUGCAGAGCAGGGAUUUUACCCGUGGGGAGGCAAGAGAAGUUCAGAGCAGGGAUUUUACCCAUGGGGAGGCAAACGAAGCGCAGAGCAGGGAUUUUACCCAUGGGGAGGCAAACGAAGCACGAGCCGCGUUCAACGUCAACCAAAGGUCGUCAUAAGGAAUCCGUUCCAUGCAUGGGGUGGUAAACGCAAUCAUCUAGAAGAAAAUGAAUCCUAGAUGUUUGCAUAAGAGGAGAAUCAUCAUCAUGUCUCGCCCAACACGUUGCCGACUAGGUCUCAUAAGUGAAAUAAAUGCGGCCAAAAAGUUCUGUUUUUUUUGUUGCUAAAGUAUGCCAGUUUGCCAGUGCAUGUUCCAGUUUCAUUAUUAGCAAGAGAAAAUAAAACUAAAAAUUAAGCGCAACCAUGAAAUAAAA